GCUGCCAAGAAGUACGAUCUUGAGGCCUGGUUCCCCGCCAGCGGGGCCUUCCGCGAGUUGGUGUCGUGCUCCAACUGCACAGACUACCAGGCGCGCGGUGUGAAUUGUCGGUUUGGGUCAAACAUGCGCAACGUAUCGGCAAACAACGUCAAGGAGUACUGUCAUAUGCUGAAUGGAACACUGUGCGCCAUCACCAGAACGAUGUGCUGCAUCUGCGAGAACUAUCAAACAGAAGAAGGCGUGGUCAUUCCCGACGUGCUGCGUCCAUAUAUGAUGGGUAUCGAGAUGCUGAAGUUUGCGGACAACGUGCCAUCUGCGGAAGUGACGGAGCAAGAGUAA